AUGACUUCAUACACUGGUACUUGCCACUGCAAGCACCACGAAUGGACCGUCGAGCUCACUCCUGACCAGAGCAAGCAUAUUCUCUGCCACUGCGACACGUGCAAAAUCCUCGGAGGAGGAGCUUACACCCUGAACCAAAUCAUUCCCAAAUCCGCCCUCAAAAUCACCAAAGGUGGUGAACCUGGAAAAUAUACUUAUUACGGAGAUAGUGGAAAGGCAGUCAACUGCUACUUCUGCCCCAAAUGUACCUCUCACAUCUACCAUCAUCAAGAAGUCAUGGGCCCGGAAACCAUUAUUGCUCGAACGGCACUUUUGCGAGAUGCACGAGAGACAUUUGGGGUUGGGGCGGAAAUUUAUGGGAAGGCGAAAAUGGCCUGGGAACCGAGGAUUGCGGAGACUUUUGAGACGCUGCCGCCUUCGUAA